AUGUAUAAAACUCUCGUGUUGCUGCUGCAUCUGCAUUUAGCGCUAGGCGGGAAUGACGAUACGACAUCAUGGCCCGGCUUAUCGGGCGUACACAGCGAGGUCAAGCAUGGCUCGGCGCGCCAGCUGCUGGGCUCCAGUUUUGUACGCGACAGCAUUGCGUUGCAGCGUCAGCACCAGGAACAGCAGCAGCGCCUCUUUCGAUCGGGCGCUAGCAGUAAAGCCGUCGGUGGUGUAGGCGACGCUGUUGCACUCAAGCAAAAACAAACGCCAAAGGAUGCACACACGCAGUAUCAUCUAGACGAUCAUGAUGGUGUGGACUUUCAUCCAUCAGACUUCCCGCCGCAUGAACAUCCCGACGCCGAUUAUUUCGCACAAUAUGCACCUGAACUCUACACCACCGAGUCGCAGCAACAGUCGUCACACAAAGCGAAUUCCGCUGCAGCGCAAAAUAAUGCUGGCGGCGGCGGCACCAGAUUCCGCGAUAUUGGUGCGCGCAGCGGUAUUAGUCGUACGGAUCUGUAUAGUGUGCAAGAAUCCGAUGAUCAUAUGGGUGAAAUGGCGCGAGGUCGUGAAGGUUAUAUGCGACAUCACAAGGAGACAGUCUUUCGACCGCAUAUUAAUAGCGUGCGCGAUGAGGGUAACCUGAUGAGUCCCAAUGAUGGCUAUGCGCACACCUGUCAGAAUGUGUGCGGCGACACACAAUGGCUAUGCCUCAGUACAUGUACCUGUAUUGAUCAGAGUGCGCGCUGCGAUAAGAAGAACGACUGUGACGAUGGUGCUGAUGAGUUCGAUUGUGAAGUGAUUGGCGAUAUGUUGCAUAAAUUGCAGAAGGAUUGUGAACAGACGGGCAUGCAUGUCAUGUGUCCGCGCACGUAUCGUUGCAUCAACAAGGAAUGGCUGUGCGAUGGCGAUGAUGACUGCGGUGACUAUUCGGAUGAGACGCAUUGCGGUGCAAAUGUGGCGCGUAUGAAUUGCUCGGACGAUGAUCAGUUUGAAUGUCAAAAUGGUUUCUGCAUACCGAAGCAGUGGGUUUGUGAUGGCGAAAAUGAUUGUAAGGACUUCUCCGACGAAGCGCAUUGUAAUCGCACGAGUUGCUCAGCCGAGCACUUUACUUGCAAUGACGGCUACUGCAUUUCGAUCGCCUUUCGUUGCGACGGCGAACGCGAUUGUAAUGACAAUUCCGACGAACUCAAAUGCCCCGCGGUCUUCAAUCGCUGUCCGGAAGGUGAAUUUAAGUGCCGUGGCAGUCAUGGCGGUCCGAGCGGACAGUGCAUAUUGAACCGUUUCCAUUGUGAUGGCGAUAAUGAUUGCGGCGAUUGGAGUGAUGAAGAGGAUUGUCCACAAAAGCCAUCCGAUUGUACGACAAGCGAAUUCAAAUGUAACGAUGGUAGCUGUAUACCGCGACGCUGGAAAUGCGAUAAGGAACAAGAUUGUGAGGGUGGUGAGGAUGAACACGAUUGUGGCAAUAUGAUAGGGAGUACGCCGACCAAAUGUGGACCAGACGAAUUCACAUGUCACAACGGACGUUGUAUACUGAAUACUUGGCUUUGUGAUGGCUACCCGGAUUGUUCGUCUGCCGAGGAUGAGGUAGAAUGUCACCUGCAGUGUGAUCCCGGACAAUUUCUUUGUCCAGCCAAGAAGAACAUAACAAAUUUGAAAAUUUGUGUGCACCAAAAGCAUGUCUGCGAUGGGCAGAAUGACUGUCCGUUAGGUGAGGAUGAAGUGAACUGUCCACACCCACGUACCUGCGGCGAGAACUCACGUUGCGAGCAAUUAUGUAUUACUACAGCGAAGGGGCGAGAGGAAUGCGCUUGUAAUCUUGGUUUUCUUAUGCACGAAAACCGUCGAAAUUGCACCGACAUCGAUGAAUGUCAAUAUAUAACGAGUCCAGUUUGCUCACAAAAGUGCCAGAAUACACACGGCUCAUUCAAAUGCUCCUGCGAAACCGGCUACGUCUUACGUCCAGAUCUACGCACUUGUAAGGCACUUGGUGGCGCGAUGACAUUGGUUGUGGCCAAUCGUUGGGACAUCAGGCGUGUACAGUUGAGCAAUAACCGUUACUCGGCUGUAGUGAAGGGUUUGCAUAACGCAAUCGCGCUUGAUUUCCAUUAUCGUAAAGGUUUACUCUUCUGGUCGGAUGUUUCUACGGACGUAAUUAAAAUGGUGCACAUGAAUGGUUCACGGUUGCGAGAUGUUAUCAAGUGGGGUUUGGAAUCGCCUGGUGGCCUAGCUGUCGACUGGGUGCAUGAUCUACUCUUCUGGACUGACUCGGGUACGAGACGUGUAGAAGUGUCCAAUUUUAUGGGUACGCUGCGAUCAGUUAUCGCUUCGAACGAUCUGGAUAAACCGCGCGCCAUUGUUAUACACCCUGGCGAGGCGUUGGUGUUCUGGAGCGAUUGGGGUCCUAAUCCGAAAAUUGAGCGUGCUUAUAUGGAUGGCUCUCAGCGGCAAGUGAUUAUUGCGAAUGGAGUUACAUGGCCCAACGGUCUCACUAUAGACUACCCCAGUCGGAAGAUUUAUUGGGCCGACGCGAAACAGCACGCAAUUGAGUCCUCCAACUUUGACGGCACUGAGCGUGUGAAAAUACUCAGCACACAUUUGCCGCAUCCAUUUGCGCUAACCAUCUUCGAAGAUACCAUGUACUGGACCGAUUGGAAUACGAAAACCGUCUCGGCCGCUAAUAAGAUUACCGGAAAGGGUUUCCGUUCGGUGCAUGAGAACUUCCACUUUCCAAUGGAUAUACACGCUUAUCAUCCAGCGAGACAACCAGAAUAUCCGGAUCGUUGUCAAAAAGACAGACGCGGUCUAAGAGGUGGAUGUUCUCAUUUGUGCUUGCCAAAUAAGCUUUCGCGGCGCUGUGGCUGUCCUAUUGGUCUAUCAUUGAAAGAAGAUGGUAAAACCUGUAAAAGCAUACCCGACAAGCUUGUGCUUGUCGCGCGCCGAAAGGAUAUACGAUUACGUCAACUGAGCACAAAGUCAGCAGCGUCAAAUGAAGUGGAUAUGAUUUUGCCAUUAGAUUAUAUGAAGCAUGCUGUCGCGCUAGAUUGGUGCAGUGAAACGGACUAUAUUUAUUGGACCGAUGUGGAACGGAGUACGAUAAACAAGGCACAUCUCAACGGUAGCUACCAACAGCGUGUCGUGCAUUCGAAUCUCGUCUCACCAGCUGGUUUGGCAUUAGACUGGAUUACAGAUAAACUUUACUGGACCGAUCCUGCCACUAAUCGUAUCGAGGUGGCAACAACAAAUGGCAAGAAACGUACGCUACUAAUUUGGGAGAAGCUCGAUAAACCCCGCGAUAUUGUCGUGAAUCCGAUAGAGGGCAUCAUGUUCUGGUCGGAUUGGGGUGAACAUGCUAUGAUAGAGCGUGCUAAUAUGGACGGCAACGAACGAGUAAUUGUCGCUGAUACGAACCUUAAGUGGCCGAACGGCUUAGCCAUAGAUUACGGUCAGCAACGGUUAUAUUUUGUAGAUGGCGGUACGAAGACGCUUGAAAGUAUGGACUUUAAUGGCGGCAAACGUAAAACAAUAUUAAACAACCUUGGUCAUCCUUUCGGUUUGGAUAUCAGUGAAAACCGCGUCUUCUGGACGGAUUGGGACAACAAGUCCGCCUUCAGCGCCGACAAGCUUACGGGUCAGAAUAUCACCACAAUUAUUGCGAAUACCAGCGAUUUGAUGGAUAUACGCGUGUUCCAUCGCUCACGUAGGAGUAUACAUAAUGCUUGUGGUUCUAAUAAUGGCGGCUGUUCCCAUCUCUGUCUACUGAACCCAGCGAGUUUCACUUGCGCUUGUCCUGUGGGAGUACAAUUGCGGAGCGAUCUGCGAACCUGUGCUGAGGGUCCCAGCCGCUUCAUUAUAUUCGCGCACCGCAUCGACAUACGACAAAUCUCAUUGGACUUUGCGCACUUCAUCGACGUGGUGCUGCCGAUGCCACCGAUUGGAAAUGCGGUCGCUUUGGAUGUAGACUCGACAACAGGCGUGAUUUAUUGGUCCGACUCUAAGCAGCAUGUGAUUAUGAGCUCCACGCCUGAUGGCUUAAAUGUACACAAAAUUAUAGGUGAAAGCUUAGAUAAUCCUGAUGGUUUGAUUGUGGACUCUGUUGGCAAAACGAUCUAUUGGGCUGAUGCUGGACGUCACACCAUCGAAGUCGCUAGCUUGGACGGCAAAAAUCGUCACUUGAUCGCCUAUAAAGAUCUGGAAUCACCACGUGGUUUGGCACUGGACUAUGAAGCAGGUCUGCUAUUUUGGACCGAUUGGGGUCACUAUCGCAAGAUCGAACGUUCUCACAUGGACGGCGAGAGUCGUCAGCGUAUUGUCACAUCGAAUCUUGGUUGGCCGAAUGGUUUAUCAUUGGAUUUGAAGACGAAACGUAUCUAUUGGGUAGACGCACAAUUGAAGACUAUCGAUUCAUGUGAUUAUACCGGUAAUCAGCGUAAAUUGAUAAUGUCAUCAUUGCAUCAUCCGUAUGCGUUAGCCAUGACUGAUGAGCAUAUUUACUGGACUGAUUGGAAAUCAAAAGCUCUGCACAUGACAGAUCGUAGAAAUAUCACAGCGAAAAAGGAGAUCAUGACAAAUAUUGAUGGGCUGAUGGAUAUUAAAGUGAUAACGGUUAACAAAACACAACCCGAAAAUGUCUGUGGCUCAAACAAUGGCGGGUGUUCCCAUCUUUGUUUACGCAAUCCAACCGGUUUCUCGUGCAGAUGCCCGAUUGGACUCAAGUUGAAGGAGGGUAGUACCAGUCAAUGCCAGACCUUGCCUGAUGAAUAUCUGCUCAUUGCACAACGCUCUGGCAUCGGUAUGAUCUCACUCAAUAUGCCCGAUUAUAUGGACGUCGUGCUACCCAUCAAUGCCGUGCAUGGCGCUGUGGUGCUCGACUUUCAUUAUCGCAAGAAAUGGCUUUUCUUCGCCGACGUCAACUCAGAUGUUAUACGACGUGUAGAUCUUACCAAUUUGUCCGACAGCAAGACCAUUGUGAACAAAGAACUAUUGACACCGAAUGGCAUUGCGAUUGAUUGGAUUGCGGAUAACCUGUAUUGGUCCGAUACAGAUCGGAAAAUCAUAGAAGUGGCGCGUUUGGAUGGUAGCUGUCGCAAAGAGAUUGUUUCCGACGAUUUGGGUGAUCCACGUGCGCUAAUCGUGCAUCCACGAAAAGGAUAUCUCUUCUGGUCCGAUUGGGAUGCGCCGGCACGCAUAGAACGUAGUUUAUUGGAUGGCUCGAAUCGCACUAUAAUUGUGACGGAGAAUCUGGGUUUCCCUACCGGCCUAACGCUGGACUUUGACAACCGUCGUCUAUUUUGGGCUGAUGCGCUAGAAGAUAACAUUGCUUCGGUGGACUUCAACGGCAAGCGAAAAACUAAAAUUAUCGACUAUGCGCCGCACCCCUUCGGUCUCACAAUGUUCGACAACAGCAUUUACUGGACCGAUUGGUACAACAAAUCCGUAUAUCGCUCAUAUCGUAAGGGUCGCGGCUACAGCAAUCCCGUGGAGAUACGGGACUCACUUAAUGGCGCGCUGGACAUACGCGCUGUCUCAAUCAAACGUCAACCCGAGGAGUGGAAUCAAUGCGCACAAGAAAACGGUGGUUGCACUCACCUCUGCCUCUACCGCGGUGCGGACUAUGUGUGCGCGUGUCCCGAUCAACCGGAUGAUCGUGAAUGCAAAAUGACACCUAAAUUUGUAGUACCACGUCCUAAUGGUGGUGAUAAUUCGCCAGAUUAUGUAGAGGAGACCACGGAUGGCGAGAGUAGCUCAACGGAGCAUGAUGAUGACAACUAUAGCGCCAGCUCGAAAUCGAGUAAGCGUGAGACGCUCAUACUCAUCGCUAGCGGUGUGGUGAUCCUUAUGCUGAUCGUAAUCAUAGCAGCUAUACUAUUUCUCAUGUUCAAUUCGAAGCGUAAUAAGACGAAAAGGCACGCGCGUGGUUCCAGUCGCUCGGUGUUGACCUUCUCAAACCCCAAUUACAAUGUGGAUGGCACACCAAUGGAACCAAAGACAAACAUUUGGAAACGCUUUAAGUACGAUAAAUCACAUGAGCGUGUCUACGAAGAGCGCAGCAUGACCACCGAGACAGCCUCGUCGAGUCUCUUUGUGCCGACGCCAUCACCAAUGGCAUCGCCCUCCACCAAACUAACGACACUCUCAACAAUAACGUAAACCAAGGUGAACACUGAACAACACAACGCAUGUAAUGUGAUGCCACAGAAGCAUUCUGCACAACAAAAACGAAUACAAAUAAAAGCGAAACGCUAAAAAGAGAAAACUGCGCAUAAAAAUUAACUACAAGUAAAGGCAGCAGUUUUUCCCAAUAAUACACUGGGAGAAACACAAUUCUAAAUAUAUACAUAUGUAAUAUGUAACGAAAGUAUGGAUAAAUGCAAGCAUAGUUGUUAG